CGCGGAUCCUCUUGGGACGAGUCCUUGGGUGGGGGAAGAGGUGUGUGGGAGCUUGCGGACAAAAAAGUGGAGCGUAGUCGUCUGUGUUCGUGGAGUCUGCGGCCGAGGAACUCAGGGCUGGUUCCCGUCCCUUCGGAGCCCUGGAGGCCAAACUUGGAUUCCAAGUUUAAGGUUCCCCAGAAGCCUCACGCCCGGGGGCUUCCACCAUGAUCGGCGGUGUGUUCAGCGUGCGCAUGUGGGCGCCGGUGGGCUUCCUGACCUCGCUGGCUUACUGCGUUCACCAGCGGCGGACGGCCCGCGCCGAGCCGAGCAGGGCGGAGAACCAGCAUCCCGUCGACCGGAGUCAGCUGGAGUUGAAAAUGGUGCAGGUCGUGUUCCGACACGGGGCUCGGAGCCCUCUCAAGCCGCUCCCGCAGGAGGAGCAGCAGGCAGAGUGGAAUCUCCGGCUACUAGAGGUCCCACCCGAAACUCAGUUUGAUUACACUGUCACCAAUCUCACUGGUGGCCCAAAACCACAUUGUCCUUUCGACUCUCAAUACCCUGAGACCAAACUGAAGGGGGGCAUGUUUGCCGGACAGCUGACCAACGUGGGCAUGCAGCAGAUGUUUGCCCUAGGAGAGAGGCUGAGGAAGAACUAUGUGGAGGACAUCCCCUUUCUUUCGCCAACUUUCAAUCCAAUGGAGGUCUUCGUUCGUUCCACUAAUAUAUAUCGAAAUCUGGAGUCUACCCGGUGUUUGCUGGCUGGACUUUUCCAGUGUCAGAAAGAAGGACCCAUCAUCAUCCAUGCUGAUGAGGCAAGCUCAGAAGUCUUGUACCCCAACUACCAAAACUGCUGGAGCCUGCGGGAAAGAACCAGAGGCAGGAGGCAGGCUGCUUCUUUGCAGCCAGGAAUCUCAGAGGAUUUGCAAAAGGUGAAGGAAGGAAUGUGCAUCACCAGUAAUGAUGGAGUAGACUUCCUCAGCCUCUUUGACAAUAUGGCUGCUGAGCAGGUGCACAACCUCCUGAGCUGCCCCACGCUGCAGAGAUUUGCACGAAUGAUUGAGCAGAGAGCAGUGGACACAGUCUUGUACGUUAUGCAGAGGGAAGACAGCCCUGAUUUCACAAAACUGAUGUUUCUUCAAGGACGAAUUAGAAGGCCUCGCAGUGCCAUCCCAACUUGGCCUGGCCUACGUACAUUCUUCUGGAAAGUGUAUGUUGCAUGUGCUUUGGUUGCCUACUCCUCAUCCACUGCUUCAGCGUUCCUUGACUUAGAAAGGUUGUCCUUUAUUUACCCAGUCAUCAUGAAAGAAGGAUUGGUCUAACCAGUCAUGAUGACCCCACUCCCUUUGGUCCAUGACUGGGCUCUGGGAAUUCUGGAAGAAGUGUUUUCCUCAUCUUUGAUCAAAGGGGAGAGGCACCAAAGCCAAGCCUUUUGGAUGCUUGCCAGCACAGCUCCGUGCUUUGUUUAACACUGUGGGAUGACAGGCGUGGAGUUGCGGUAACUGCCUUGUGAUCCUAAGGUGGCAAAGCCGAGGGUGAAAGUGGCGAAGCCACAGCACCAGCCCUGCAAGUGAGCACUGCCACUGAGCUCUGUGUCACACCACAUAGAUAAGACGGGUCCCUGCUGUCCAAACUCCAGAGAAGAGAGUCUGGUCCCUGGGAAGCAGAGUUCAGGAUGCUCUUCCUUCUGAUUGCUUGUCUAAGGGCCUUCUGUAAUUCUUGGAAUAGUUAAUUAAUUAAUUAAUUAAUUAUUGAAACAGCCUGUCCUUCCCAGCUUUGUUCUUUUAUUCCUGGAGGCCUAGUUCUUAAUGACUAAUCCCGGGUACCAGUCCAUUACAGCUGUGUUUGUACCAGGUCUGUGCCCUGGUGCUUUUGUUGUUGGAAGUCUCUGUGUGCACAGAACCCUCAAACUGAAGGUGCCAUUUCUCCCCUUCCUGCCUGUUGCUGUCCCUCAUGCAUUUCUUGUCAUCUUCUCAGCUCUGUCUGAUUGGGCUUCUGAGGUCCUUGGGGGCAGGCCCAGCCUGCCUUCCUGUAUGCCAGUGCCCAGCAGCUCCAAUGUUGUUUUCUUG